AUGGUGGCAAAGGAAUGCGAAGACAAAGGAGCCACAUCCAAAGUGCUGUGCGUUGAUAUUUCAGAUACCGAUAACUUGACCAAGGCGCUAGAAGAUUUUGAUGAUCAACAUCCAAUUGAUCUCUUGUUUGCGAAUGCUGCCAUAACUCGGGGAACCCAUGACGAUGAUGACGCAACAGAAUGGGAGGAUCUAUGGAAACAGAUUAUCGACGUAAAUUAUUCGGGAAAUGUUUGUACCGUGAUGACUGUAUACAAAAGAAUGAGAAAGCGGAAUUCUGGUCAGAUCGCAAGUUUCUUUGGCUUCCCGAAUGGAUGUUGGUACAAUUCCACCAAAUCGGCCUUAAAUUCAUUUGCACGUGAUCUCAGAUACAUUGCAAAACCACAUAACAUACGUGUUUCCCUGAUCACACCGGGCGCAAUUGCCACGAACAUGACUUUAAAUAGCAAAUUCAAAGUGCACCCCUUUGUUCUCAACGACUCGGCUGGAUUGGCCAAUGUCAUUAGAGAGCAAUUGGAAUCGAACGUUUUUUGCAUCGUUUGGCCAUUCCAUCAAAUGUUAUUCGCCUGGGUUUUGUCGACUUUCCCGCCUAGAGUUUCGAUUCUGAUUUCCUGGAUUUAUGGAAGACUCAUUGAGAAAUUUCACGGAAUAACCAAUUAUUCUUAA